AUGACGGCAGACGUGAGCCAUGCAGCAUCACGCGUGCUCACCUCCAACAGCCCCCGCGACCCGAGCUUUGAUGAAUUCUCCUUCGUCCCCUUCCUCCGCCAAAGCUACGGCUUCGGCCUCGCCAGUGAUGUACCCGUCUGCAAAGCCUACAGCGAAGGUCACUGCCCUCUGGGACCAGCCUGUCCCGAUCGCCACCCGACCCCAUCGCGUGUCACCACGUCGACCACCACCGCGUCGGGACUAGCACCGUCAACCACACAUGGAUCGCUGGUUUGCAAGCAUUUCCUCAAGGGACUCUGUAAGAAGGGUCUCAAGUGCGAGUACCUUCAUGAAUACAACCUCCGCCGCAUGCCGGAAUGCCAGUCCUUCUCGCGGUCCGGCUACUGUCCCAAUGGCGAUGACUGCCUGUAUCAGCACGUGCGGGAGCAGGCGCGUCUGCCCCCCUGUGAACACUACGACCGGGGAUUCUGCGAGCUGGGACCUCUGUGUGCCAAGCGGCAUGUUCGUCGGCGCUUGUGUCAAUACUACUUGGCCGGGUUUUGUCCGGAUGGCAAGGCCUGCGUGGAUGCUCAUCCCCGGUGGUCGGAGAACCUCCCCCGUCCGCAAAUCCGGGUCGAGAAGACCGAGGAAGAGCUGGAACGGGAACGGGCCUUGAUCCGGGAAGAGCAGGAGAAGGAGAAGGAGCGUGAGAGGGAGUGGAGGAGUGAGCGUGGUCGCGGUGGGGGCUUCAUGCGGGGUCGGUACCGGGGGCGUGGACGCGGAUAG